ACGAAGCACUAGUUUACAACAUGUCGUCGGAUAGCAAGAAAAUAAUACAGGUUCAGCUAUCAAACAUCGAGCGCAACUAUCGGUCAUUACAAUCCCAAUACAAUUGGAAACCGAUAUCGGAAACGUUUGAAAAGUUUAAAGAGAAAUUUCCCCUUCAAUAUGAGGAUAAGGCUGGCUUAAUUCAUCGCGCAGCGAGACUGAAUUAUAUAAAAUCUUCCCAACCGAAAUUGGCACAAGCGGUAAGAAUACCUCUAAAACGAUACGGAUCAUCCGACGAAACACGUCCCGUAGCGGAACCGGCGGAAUCGUUUCGUUAUGAACAACUCUGUAACAAACCGAUUGAUCGCCCGAAAGGAGUAAUUUACACCAAUGCGAAAGGAUUUGCCCGAUUGGUAGAUCCGUAUCUUACCACAACCAUGAAGGAUAUUGUACCGCACGUGAAACACCAGCACGAUACGGUCACCUUUUGGAAUUGGACCGAACGGGAGGAACGCAAACGGAUUCCCAAGCCAACCAGCAGUCUACAACCGCGGAUGGUAAUACCGGUGUUUAAACGGAAGCUUAAUCACGGUUUUGUCAGUGAAAUGCGGGCAAAUUAUGUGAAACCAGUGGAGUUGGAGUUCAGGUUGGAUCCUACUAUCACACGCCCGAUUGUACUUGAACCAACCGACCAUACGGAUACUGUGACGGAAAGUUCCAUGUACGGUGGCACUAAAAACUGUGCUUUGAUCUUGAAACAGAGAAGAUACGAGUGA